UUAUUUUAAACAAUUAUUUAGUUUUGGAGACGAAUUCCGCCCUGAGAUGUGGCCUUCAGUUAGAUGGACUGCAUUUGCUUAUUUCAAACGAUUCUACUUAAGACAUUCUGUAAUGGAGUAUUCGCCCAAGAAUGUUAUGGUAGAUGAAUUCAACGUUACCAUCGACAAUUUUGUCGACAAUCUAAGUGGCACGCGCGAAUCAAACAUCGAAACGGUGCUGAAUUUAGAACCUGAAAUUAUGCUUAAGCUUGACUAUUACUUGGCUGUGCAUUCACCUUUUCGCCCUUUUGAAGGGCAUAUGAUCGAAAUAAAAACAAGAAUGGGAUUGCAGCUCUCAUCACUCAAAUUUGACAUUGAGGCAAUAAGGCCAUUCUCUACGGAGUUUUUUAGGAUUGCCCUAGCUGCUAUCAAAUAUGGAUUGGACAAAACAAUAGGAGAACCAAGAUCUUCAAAUUUUCUUCGUGAUUCACUUGCAAAGCUAAUGGAUGCUGACUUUGGCGCAAUGGGAGAAAAGAACGCUGCAGAAAUAUUUAAACUGGAAAAAAUUCAAAUUCGAAUUGGUCAAAUUUGCGAACUUGUAUGUGAACAGGCAUCACAAAACUUUAGUGCAGAAGACAGCGAAAGACUACAAAAGAAAUUCUUCACAUAUAUACAAAAAGUUAGUGGUGAGCUUUUGCCGAAACUAAAACAAAUAGAAAAGGAGCAACAACAAAAUUCUGGAAGCGGAGAUGUAUUUGAUUCAGAUGAUGAUUUUUAG